GGCGGACGCCUCGCACNGCCCGGGCUGCGGCGAGGACGCCAGGCACCCACCGCUCCGGAGGAUCGUCGGACUUGGCCGCGGCUGCGGGUCCCCGCGGUGGAACUUUUUACCGCCUUGGCGUUCCAGAUCGGAGACUCGGGCUGGUUUCUAAAUACAUCUGUACAUAUGUGUGAUCUAAUAAAACAUUCUCUCCUCUCCUUGAAGCGGCAGCUUUUUAUGACAUCUCCUUUAUGUCAGAGACACUUGCCUGGCUUCUUUGGGUUAUAAACUUUUGAUGCCAGACCUCGGCAGGACGUGCCCAACUGAAUGUUAAAGUAGCAUCUCGAAGAGAGGCAGAGAAAGAGCAACCGUGACCUUCAUCCCCGCACCUUCCUCCUUCCUCUCCCUUCCCGGCCGCCUCCCUCCUCCCCAGGGGAGCGUCGAGAAAGCGCUUUUUUGGAUGCAGGAGGGGGCAUCUGGUUGUGCCAGGCUGGAAAGCUGAGGCAGGAUCCGAGGAAGAAUCAGUAGACUCCGGAGAGCCUGGACUCCGCUUCUCCUUACCCCCUUCUCCGCUUCUGGCUGGUUCCAGCCCCUGCCUCCCUCCCCGCGCGGCUGCCCGAGACCCGCCGGCGUGCGGGGCGGGUACCAGGACCGAGCCGCCGCCGGAGUUCUGGGAAGUUGUGGCUGUCGAGGAUGGGGGUCUGUGGGUCCCUGUUCCUGCCCUGGAAGUGCCUCGUGGUCGUGUCUCUCAGGCUGCUGUUCCUUGUACCCACAGGAGUGCCCGUGCGCAGCGGAGAUGCCACCUUCCCCAAGGCGAUGGACAACGUGACGGUCCGGCAGGGGGAGAGCGCCACCCUGAGGUGUACCAUAGAUGAUCGGGUCACCCGGGUGGCCUGGCUGAACCGCAGCACCAUCCUCUAUGCCGGGAAUGACAAGUGGUCCAUAGACCCUCGUGUGAUCAUCCUGGUGAACACGCCGACCCAGUACAGCAUCAUGAUCCAGAACGUGGACGUGUACGACGAGGGCCCCUACACCUGCUCCGUGCAGACGGACAACCACCCCAAGACCUCCCGCGUCCACCUCAUCGUGCAAGUCCCUCCCCAGAUCAUGAACAUCUCCUCAGAUGUCACCGUGAACGAGGGGAGCAGCGUGACCCUGCUGUGUCUCGCUAUCGGCAGACCAGAGCCAACGGUGACGUGGAGACACCUGUCAGUCAAGGAAGGCCAGGGCUUUGUGAGUGAGGAUGAAUACCUGGAAAUCUCUGACAUCAAACGUGACCAGUCCGGGGAGUAUGAGUGCAGCGCCUUGAAUGACAUCGCCGCCCCUGACGUGCGGAAAGUAAAGAUCACUGUCAACUACCCCCCCUAUAUCUCCAAAGCCAAGAACACAGGGGUCUCCGUUGGCCAGAAGGGCAUCUUGAGCUGUGAAGCCUCGGCAGUGCCCAUGGCUGAGUUCCAGUGGUUCAAGGAAGACACCAGGCUGGCCACCGGCCUGGAUGGCAUGAGGAUUGAGAACAAAGGCCACAUAUCCACGCUGACCUUCUUCAACGUCUCAGAGAAGGAUUAUGGGAACUAUACUUGUGUGGCCACGAACAAGCUUGGGAUAACCAACGCCAGCAUCACACUGUAUGGGCCUGGAGCCGUCAUUGAUGGUGUAAACUCGGCCUCUAGAGCGCUCGCUUGCCUCUGGCUAUCAGGGACCCUCUUUGCCCACUUCUUCAUCAAGUUUUGAUAAGAAAGCAUAGGUCUUCUGAGCAACGCCUGCCUCUCCAUAUCACAGACUUUACCUGCACUGCGGAGGGCCAAACAGUUUGGGUUUCUUUUUGUUUCUGUUCCUUUUCUCAGUUUUGGGGUUUUUUUUUUUUUUUUUGGACUCUUUUCUUUGUUGGUUUGAUUUUUCUUUCUAGUUUGAACGAGUGGGGUUUGGGGGAGGGGUGGGCAGGGUUCUACCACAUGUAGGAUAAUCACUCAUAGGUGGUGUGUCCAAAAAUGGAACCCAUUCUCCACCCUUCCCCUCCCCUCCCUCUGCUCCCCCUGGCAUCGUCACCACCAACCAACCACCCUCACACCAAACCGUAAGUUCCAUUUGGGCGAAAAAACGUGCCUCGUGGUAAACACCCUGAAGACACAACUUGACUUAUAAUGUAGUGCGCAGCAAGAAUUAUAUCCAAGUGUCCUAUUACUUGUGUCUUUAAAGCUGUGGACCAUUUUCCUGACUAUAAUGUACAGAUCCCUCUCUCCAUGUUUAUAAUGAUCUAAUUACAUGAGGGUUCACAUCCUUUCUUUCUGGGAAGUUCUCUUUCUCUCCCUCUCUCUCUGUCUCUCUGUCUCUGUAUCUGUCUCUGUCUCUGUCUCUCUCUCUCUCUCUAUAUAUAUAUAUAUGAAACAUUGCCAUCUUUUCUAGCCAUUCUGCCCUAUUUGCUUUCUCUACCAGCUAUAAGGAUUCGAAGUUUGGGAGUAGGCAUACAACCCAAACCUGAACGUUGAGAAGUCAUGUAACUGAAAAUGGGGGGAAGAAUCUUGAGGAGAGUAUUUCUCUCUGAAAAAUACUAUCCAGUUCUUAAAAAAUGAUCCAGAGGUGGCUGAUUAUUUAGGUUUUAUCAAGCUCACUAUCAAAAUAAUACAUUGUUUCCCAUCUACUCAACCAUCUGAUUGAUCACUCCAUCCAAUUAUCUCCCCACCCAUUUUCCUCUCUGGCAAUCCACUUCCUUUAUAUAUCAAUCUAUCAGUGUAAUUAUCCAACACAUCUUUCUAUUUCAUUCCCCACUAUUCACUCUCAAUCCAUCACUGUAUUCAUCUCUAGUCAUAGUGUGUCUGUUCCACUGGAUUCAUGUCUCCUCUACCUUCUGCAGACAUUGGCAUCUUCAGAAUUAACCAUCAGCUUCUCAUGUGAAAGCCAAUGAUCUCAUGGGCUGACAACAUAGAAAAGCCGUAUGUCACGGGCUGUCUGGAAUGUGCCCGUCCAUCUACCCCAAGUAGGUGCUGGUAACAGAUGGACCGAAGUAGCGAGUGAAAGAUCAGUCAGUCACUCUUCCCAGAAGAGAUCGUGUUUCCAGAAACAGCUUCUUGGGAAGCAGAUCGGCCUUGGCAAAACCUUGAUGAGCAUCCUGUUUUAUCUUUCUCACUUGAAGGACCAAGGUGCCAAUCUUCAUGCUUCUCUCAGCCUUUCAAGAAAGUGCAUGUCAGGAAUCUAUGAGACUGUCCUUAACAGAAAGAGACAGAAAAACACACUUCUGUCUCUUCAACGUGAAGACAGCCGUCCAUCUGAGUGGGGUGACUUCUGCUGUCGUCCCCUUUCUGCUCCAGUUUUGGUUUCAUGUGUUUGAAAACUAUCCAGUAAAGAGCCGAUGGAAGCCAAUUACACGGCGGGUGUGUUGACAACUCUGGUAUUUGUUUCUGGAAGCUCUUCUGAGCUGAGGGCACUUGAGCAAACUGACUUAAUUUCCAAGCUCUUGAUUAACACAACACUGCAAACAGACGGGGAGAGUAACAUGCAUCUUCCUUGGAUACAGGCUGCUUCUCCAGGAACUUUGGGGGAUAAUGCCCUCAGCUCUCCAUGUUCAGAUCUUUCCAGAACACAAAGACAAGCUGACCCUAUCCUUCUGCUUUAUCUCCCGGGACAAGAAGGAAUCAGCCAGCGAGAGUGACUGGGAUGCAGAAGAAUGGCAUCAGAAGCCUGCAGGGCUGUGCCCUUGACCUGCGCUGCAGGGGAUGACCUGCUGAGAAAGAGGAGAGCCAGCAAUGACUGGAUCAAAGACUCAGGCCCAACGGAAUACUCUUUAGCGCCACGAUCUAAAGCAUGAGAAAUAUUAGCUCCAGAGUUCCCUUCCUGCCAUGCUUCAUUGGUCUUCUUCCCCUGAAACGUGGCCUCUUUGUUUCUCUCUGUUAUGACACAUGAACGUGAUGUACGGUGGAGAAACACACUCACGUGUGCACGGGCAUGCGUGGGUUGACUUGGCAUAUGAAAAGCUUGGCACUUCCGUAGAGUUAGAGCUGGUGUGAGUGAAAUUAAUAUUAUACUUGCCAGCUGUAAACAGACAUCUGCAUUUCCCAGGGAGCUGCCAGGAGCCAGAUUUGCAGAACGUGAACGAUGUGCCAAAAGCAGUGUAUGGAUUCCAAGUUCCAGGGAUGAUCGUGAGCAGGCAUGGAGUCAGAAUUAAAGGUCGGACAUCAGUGUUUCAGACCUGUCACCGCGGCCAGGGUGGUGUCAGACACUGAAUGAGCGUGUAACGUGUCACAUCGAGUGUUCUGCUGAUAACACACUUGCUCCUUAGGAGUAGAAGUGUGGACGCUGUGGGGACCAGAUGGUCUUGGAGAACAGGGUGCUUGAAAUGGACGAGCUGGGCAUGUUCUUUCCUCUGAGACUUGAUCAAAAUGAAGGCAUCCAUCCUUCUUCAGCCAGGAGAAUCCCUGAACCUUCCAGACACAAAGAGCCUGGGUUCAGAGCCACUAGAGAACUCUGUGCUGCUUCUUACAGCACAUACCAGGAAGCAUGUCUGAGAGUUACAGACUCCAGCCCUGUUUCAGAGGGGAAGGGUCCUAGCGUCACUCCUCACCUGUCUGGGAUAAAGACAAUGAAAUAAGCAAGACCCAAGGAAACGGGGCAGUGGAACAGAAAACCCUUCUGCCCAGCAGACACAGUCCAGAUUCUGUGUUGUCUGGGUUCCUUUGGUGGGGAUGGCUCCACAGGAUGGGAGCUGUUACCCAACACCUUGGAGCAUAUGGAGUAGCAAAUGCCUAAAGACAACGUCCAAGUCUCUUUACAUAUGGAGGGCAGAUGGAUCAGGCCUGCUGGAGAGAGAUUUUUUUUCAAGGUGCCAAUGGUGGGGUGGGGCUUGGGGUAGAGGAGGAAAAAAUUAACUCUUGAGUCUCUGAGAACCUGCGGCUUUUCACGGGUUCUGCACGUGAGAUGGAACCCAGUAAGGCUUAUCAAGAAAUCAGGUGAGAGGAACUCGGCAAUGUAUAAUAGGCACUCUGAAACCCUGCCUCUCCCCAAAAUACGUAUUUCCACCAAAGUGAAGCCAGUGCAACUGCUAGUGUUGAGGUCCUGGCCAAGCUGUUUUUUCAGUAGUUUCAUGUCAAGUGCCUGAUACAGUCUUCUGCAAGUUGAAGCAAGUGUGUUUAGUUUUUUUGUUUAUUUGUUUUAUCUGUGGGAAAGAGGCCAUCCAGGCAAGUGGUGGUUGAAACAUGCUCCUGUUUUAUGCAGAGAAAUUAUGCUUAGUUGUGUUCAACUGUACAGAAGGAAAGGUGAGGUUUUGUAUCAGAAAGAGGACUGGACCUCUUUCCUCUGAAACCCAUGCCUCAAGGUAGACAAUGCAUUUCAUAGGUUGGACUGCUCGUUCUCAAAACCUGGGUGGGAGGUAUACUGUAGGACUUGGGGAAAGUCCAGAGCAAGUUUGAGUUCAAGGAUCUGUUCCUGAACCAACCCAGCAACUUGCUCUCCACGUGGAGGGGUCACUGAGCUCCAAUUCUCCUGGGAAAAUGCUCGGGAGAAGAGUAGAGAACCUUGAGGUGGGCAGUCCGUCUCCAGGCAAGCUCAUCAACUGCGUAGCCUCAGGAGUGGCUGGAGAUUGCUAUUUACCUCCAGUUCCAAGGGAGGGUUUCUCCUCCCCGGUUGAGUAUGGAUGUCAUCAUGAGGAUGGAGGAGUGGGGUGAGGGAUGGGGCCAUAUCACCUUUCCCAAUUUGACCCUGAGUCCUCACCAGAGAAAAUCUGGCUUUGCAAUACCUGGAACCAGCCCUCCUUCCCCCUACCAAAAAACCCCAAGCAAUUAAAAAAAAUUUUAUAAUCUCUUUGGAAUUAGAGGAAGUAGGGGAAGUGGGGUAGAAUGUUUCCCAUUGGCAAUAUUCAUUUUUUUUGUUUUUCUCCAAAAAUGAGGAUCAUUCACAUUCAUUUUGUAUGAGCCCUAUUCCUAGAAACUUACACCCAAUUGCCUCACCUCCUACUUGCCCACGCUUCUCUGUCUUUUUAUUUUAAGACGAGUAAGUUGGAGCAAUUUCAGGAAAACUUCACAGGUGUGUAGCUAGGAAGGCAACGUUCUCAGAAAGAUACCAUGUGAUGAGAACUCCUAAUGAUCACUAACAGCCAACAAAUAAAAAUGCUGGUCUCAUUUCCCUCAUUUCUUGAGAGAAGAGAAGUAAAUGAAAGAAGGAAGAGAUAGAUAUGCAAUUAAAAGAUGCGGCGAGAAGAUAGAGCUGAACCAAGCAAUUUAGCCUUCAGGUGCAGAACACCAGCGGUCCACAAGGCUGUGGAGUGAACUCAAUUAGACACAAUUGUCUUCAGCCUGCAAGUAGCCAGUGAAGCCUAAUUUCCCGUGUUUUAAAAGACAUUCCAUUUUGUUUCUUUCCACGGUGUCCUUUUAAAGCACAGGGUUGUUUUUGUUGUUCCAUGAUGCUGAGUGUGGAAAGAAAGAUGAUGAACCCUCUGCUCUUUUUUGGGGGGGCCACAUUCUACGCUAUUGGCCAAUUUAAAAUGAUAUCAAUCAUAGCAAUGAUAAGUAAUCCUAGCUGCCUUUGUGUUAGUUAAAGGGAGCAUUUUUAAUCAUUCAGAACCUUUUGUGACAUGUAAAGUGCAAUUGUGAGGAACGUGUGGGUGUAUGAAAAUGUAUCUGUCAAGUUCAGAGUCCUCUAGAUUAAAAAAAUUUAUGACUUAUCCAUGGUGCCGUCCUAGCCGUGUCAGACAAUGGGUGUGCCCGUUCUCACAAUUAUCCUGCAAACAGAUCUGUGUUCAAACGCUUUAAAAUUUUAUCACAUGAUACAAGAGUAUAACUUUGUCAGCCUUCUAGAGGUUUUUUCCUCCCCUUCUAUUUUCUUUCUGAAUUUUUUCCUUUGAAAAUCAAUGAAGACUUUAUUUCUGUCAAUAAUUGUAUUAAGGGUGAAAAUACUACCUGAAUUUUGUGCAUGUUACAUUGUAGUUGUAACCUUUUCUAAUUCAGGAUGAACACUGAGAUGGUUGUGAUUGUGCAGUGUAUCAAUAAAGUUCAAAGUAAUUUGUAACUUU